CGUCACACACAAAACAUGUCUGACAUGCGUGAAUGAUGUCUGUGUGAUCGUGGAGCCGAUAUCACAGUAUCUCACACUCCGCAGUACCAACGGGGCCUACACAAGCUCCCUUGUGGCUGUGACGUCAUUGAUACCUACAUUGAGGACGUGUGUGCAAAUAUGUGAUUAUACACACGCGUGUUUACUGGAUUUUACUGGAAACGCAACAUGUCGGCAAAAUGGCCUCCCCCGACAAAAGCCCAGCUCACAGAAUUCCGUGAAGGCUUCAACAUGUUUGACCUCAAUAAGACCGGAAGUGUUACGACUAAGGAGUUGGGGGAUGUCCUCCGGGGCAUGGGACAGGAGCCGUCCGAGACGGAACUCGAGCACAUGGUUGAUGAGGUCGACGAGGAUGGGAGUGGUUCUAUUGAGUUUGAGGAGUUUGUGGAGAUGAUGAUGAACAAAAUACACGAGACAGAGUUAGACGUAGAGCUCAGAGAGGCGUUUACGAUAUUUGACAAAAACGGCGACGGCUUCAUCGGUCCUCGGGAACUGAAGGAAGUAAUGGCCAUGAUGGGGGAGCGACUCACAGAGAUCGAGGUCGAGGCUAUGAUCAGGGAGGCAGACAAAGAUGGCGACGGCAAGGUCAACUACAAAGAGUUUUACGCCAUGAUAAUGAUGAACCCAGAGUGAGAUGACACUGUCCCUGGAUUUAGUUCUUGUGGGAGGAAACUGACCGUGGAAUAACGUCAUGUGAGAUGUUGCUGACCUUGUUCCAUCCACAUUACGUCACAUCACUCGUGCAUGUGCCAAACUCCUCGUCCACAA